AUGACUUCAACACAUCCAACUUAUAUCUACAAAAUCAUUCCUUCUGAUGCGAAACCUACUUCACCACUUCCAGAAGUCCUUCCAGUCUCUGAUCUCGAUAAGAGAGAUGGAUUUGUUCACUGCUCUACCUCGAAGCAAUUACUAAGAACUUUGAAUGCAUUUUUCUCAAACGAGUCCCACGUCUACAUUCUCCGCAUCAAGUAUGAGCAAGUAGCUCCAUACAUCAAAUGGGAGAAUGCAGUGGGAAAGCAACCCGAAGAAAUAGGCGGAUGUUGGGAUACAGAGGGAAAAGCGGGAUUCUUUCCUCACAUCUAUAAUGGGUUGAAGGUUGGAAAAGAAGAAGUCGAUGAUGUAGGAGAGUGGAGGAAAGCAAACGAAGGUUGGUCCAGUGAGGACUGGUGUUGGGGAGAGGUGGAUCGUCCCAUCUAA